CUCAUCAAAAAGUUUUAUCUCUUGCAAUUAUGGCGGUCCGUCUACAAUUCGAGAACAAUAAUGAAAUUGGAGUUUUCUCCAAGCUGACAAACUCGUAUUGCCUUGUCGCUAUCGGUGGUUCUGAGAAUUUCUACAGCGUGUUUGAAGCUGAGCUGGCAGAAACGAUUCCCGUUAUUCACACUUCUAUUGCUGGAUGUCGGAUUAUUGGUCGAUUAUGCGUUGGGAACAAAAAUGGUCUUCUGGUACCAAAUACGACAACAGAUACUGAAUUGCAGCAUAUAAGGAACUCCUUGCCAGAUAAUGUAAAAGUUCAAAGGGUUGAAGAACGCUUAUCUGCUCUUGGAAACGUCAUUGCCUCCAAUGACUAUGUUGCCCUUGUGCAUCCUGACCUUGACAGAGAAACUGAAGAAAUUCUAGCAGAUACUCUCAAUGUUGAGGUCUUUAGACAAACAGUUGCCAGUAAUAUUCUGAUAGGCUCCUAUUGUGUUCUUUCUAACCUGGGUGGCCUCGUGCACCCUAAAACGUCAAUACAGGACCAAGAUGAGCUCUCUUCGUUAUUACAAGUGCCUUUAGUGGCUGGUACUGUUAAUAGAGGUAGCGAAGUUAUCGCUGCAGGGAUGGUUGUCAAUGACUGGGCAUCAUUUUGUGGUAUGGACACUACAUCUACAGAACUAUCAGUCAUUGAAAGUGUUUUCAAACUCAAUGAAGCAACGCCAGCUGCUAUCACGUCGACGAUGCGUGCUUCUCUUAUUGAAAGUAUGUCUUAAAGGCGCCAUCAUCACAGUACAAUGACUGCUUGUGUAUAAAGAGAUCUUAUGCCGAACACAAUGAUUUAUCCAACUUGAGUAAAGGAGGAUCUUUGCAAUUCCAACAACUUAUAAUGUAACAAGCUAUUCUGUAUUAAAAGUUUCUAUGAAACACGUGAAAUUUCA